GCUUGUUUCACGUUUCUUGGAUCUCACUCACUCCUUUGAUCUCUCUCUCUCUCGCUCGCUCGCUCUCUCUUUCUGCCAUGAGUGACGAUCACCACGACGACGACGAUCACCACGACGAUCACCCUGCCGCGCCCCAGGCAGCCUCGGCCCCCAAGCAACGCUCGUCCGACCCACUAAUCCCCCGCGCGUCCCAAGCGAAGGCUUCGCUCUCUGCACCUGGCUCUGCGCCGCUCCCGGACACCUAUGGCGCAUUCACGCUACGUCUCGCAGCGUCAGUGGCCGCCGCUUGCUGCUCUGCCUUCAUCUAUGGCUACAACAUUGGUGUCAUCAGCAACGCUCAAUUUCCCCUUGAAAGAGAAUUCCCCAUUCUCUAUAACGACUUUGAAUGGUCGGUUUGCGUGUCCAUCUUUUGCAUCGGUGGUCUGAUUGGCGCCCUUGGUGCCAGUUGGCCCGUUGAACGCAUCGGCCGUAAGCCAACACUCAUGCUCAACGCCGUCAUUUACUUUUUGGGUGGCGGCCUCCUCGCCUUCGCGACCUCUUGGGGCAUGAUUGCGGCGGGUCGUUUCUUUGUCGGUAUUGCAAGCGGUGUCGGAACGCUCGUCGUGCCCAUGUACAUUCAAGAAAACGCUCCGCUCCGCUUGGUCGGUGCCCUGGGAACGCUGAAUCAGCUGGCCAUCACUGUCGGCAUUCUGGUUGCCGAGGUGCUUGGCAUUUCGUCGAUUCUCGGAACCGAUUCUGGCUGGCCCUGGCUGCUGGGUAUGGUGGUCUUCCCUGCUGCUGCCACGUCUUUGUCGCUCUUUUUCCUGGACGACACCCCAGCGUAUCUCUUUUCCAAGGGUAACAGCGAAGCUGCGCGCGCCGUCUUGACCAAACUGCGUGGUCGCGGCGUUGACAUUGGCCCCGAAGCGUUGGAGAUUGCCCAUGAAGUCGAAACCGCUCGCGCGAUGGUUCAACCUCCGUUCCUCGACCUGUUCAAGCCUGCUGUGAGCCGCCAAGUGUUUGUGGGCGUGGGUCUCCAGCUCGCACAGCAGCUGACGGGUAUCAAUGCCGUCUUUAGCUUCUCCACUGAAAUCUUCGAGGAUGCUGGCGUCGAUGACUCGGACAUGAUCACCUGCGUUCUCGGCGCCAUUAACGUCAUUCUGACGAUCGUGGCCGUCGGCCUGCUGAUUCGUUUCGGUCGCCGCACGUUGCUCAUUGUCGGUUUCAGCGGCAUGACUGUGGCAUACCUGCUCCUGUCCAUCUCGUACAUUUACAUGCACGACGUUUCCAACUUGAGCUACCUGUCAAUCGUCUCCACCAUCAUGACUGUGCUCUUCUUUGCCAUUGGCCCCGGCCCCGUGCCGUGGAUUGUGAUUGCCGAGAUCUUCCCGAUGGAGUACAAGUCCAACGCCAUGUCUCUUUCUGUCGUCAUCAACUGGCUCGCCAACUUUGUGGUCAUGGUCACCUUCCGCUUCCUCAAGUCGGGCCUCGACUCGUACGUCUUCCUGCCCUACAUGUUCCUGGCCGCCAUCUUCACCGCUUUCGUGUGGUUCUUUGUCAUUGAGACCAAGAACCGCACCAUCGAUGAGGUCACCAGCGAGUUCAAGAAGGCCACCUCUCCCAAGGCUCGCCGCGAGAGCACCCGUGUUUAAAAGUGUAACACUUUUGUGUUUGGAGGACGUCGACCAAGUGAGCUUUCGAUGAACGAGCUGAUUCGAUCUGGGAUUGGGAUGUUGUUGUUGAUGUUGUUGUUGUUUUUUGGACUCUGAUAUGGUCAACAAGUGCCAGGUCACUCGUUUUUGAUCUAUUUACUUGCCAAAAGUGUGGC